CUAUCCCGUGUCCUUUUUUGCCAGGACUCCAGAAAUGUCAGCAGUGGAAGACAUCACUACUUCAAUAGGUGCAGACACCCUCCUCCUAGAGAACAGCAUCUAGCCCAUAAGCCUUUGGGUCAUGGGUGCCGAGACCCUUCUUGCCAUCAUCAUUCACAUGAGCACAGGGGGCCACCUCCCACCCAUCAAUCUAUUUUGGAAGAGAAAGAGCCUAAAGCAGGGGCACAGGAGAGACUCCUUUCUAGUUCUGAUAACUCUCCUAUUAGGGAUGAGGCAGAAUCCCAUCAUCCUCAAGGAACCCAUCCACCUGGCCAUGUUGAGUUACAUGAUGACCACAAUCAUGGUCCCCACAAGCCAUGUUCUGAUGACGGUGGUACAUGUGAGCUUGGACCCCAUGGUCACGGUCCCCAUAAGCAUGGUCCCCAUGGUCAUGGUCCCCAUAAGCAUGGUCCCCAUGGUCACGGUCCCCAUAAGCAUGGUCCUCAUGGUCAUGGGCCCCAUAAGCAUUGUCCCCCUGGUCAUGGUCCCCACGGUCAUGGGCACCAUAGGCAUAGGCCCCAUUGCCAUGGUCCCCAGAGGCAUGGGCCUCCACAUGAUCCCUCAGAAGAACAAGAUUUUCACAGACAUUUUCCUUUCCAUGGGAGAGAAGUUGGCUCUGUUUAUCGCCUCCCUCCCCUGAAGAAGGGCCAAGUCCUUCCUCUGCCUGAAAUCAGUAUUCCCAGUCAAGAUCAUUGUCCACAAUCAGGAGAACAUCACCCUCCAAAGCCAGAAAUUCAGCCCUUCCCACAGACAUCUUCAGAGUCCUGUCCAGGGAAGUUCAAGAUUGACUAUCCACAAAUUUUGCCCUUUUUGGAACAUAAAGAUUCUGAGUGAUCUGCUGAUUUUCACAAUGACAAGAGUCAUGUGCCCCAAACGAAUCAGAAAUAAAAGAAAAUCAGUGUGAAAUUGUAA